AUGGCUGGUGACAGCCUCAUUCCCACGUCUGGGACAAGCCCAGACCACUACGAGUGCCACGGCCACGUCGGCUGCCAUUACCUCGACGACCUCCACAACGUCCACUAGGCCCGAGGCAUUUGAGAUUGAUGUCAUCUACCCACGCAAUGAGACAUACAAUGCCACGGAGACGUUCCCCGUUGUCGUGGCGAUCCAAAGGCCACUUGUCGCAAGUCGGUUGGGGAAGUUCAACUUCGGAGCGUACAUCAUGCCCUACAGCAAUUGGCAAACCCCGGGCGGAAUUGAUGUCGGCAAUACAGACAAAUGGGUACGCCCGUAUGAUGCCGCAAACUUCACUGACGAUCCAUUCUUCCUCAUAGAAGUCACGGAUGCUACGAGGUGGAACAAGGGAGUGAGCUAUUCUGGCAGGGGCUUGCACGCGCUUAUCUGGACAGUCCAAUGGCACCAAGAUCUUGACGACUGCGGAAGCGAUAGAUAUGUUAGUGGAAGAAUGUUCUUCACCAUCGACGACGAGGGCGUGAACCCCAAUAUCCUGGACGCGGCCGAGUGUCCAUUGGCGGGUUCAGUGGCCCAAGUCGACAGCAACGAAGGGGCUUGCCCAGCAAUCAGAAAAUUAGGGAACAGCACUGGUGACCCCUGCGCCAUUAAGAUUGACUCAGCGAAGGCAAGCAGCUUCUCAAGCCAGAUUGCCUCGUUGGCAACACCCGCCCCAGCAGCCACUACCACGGCCAUAACGAAGGAUGA